AUGAAAUCACGACUGAUUUUAACAAACAAAAAAUCAUUGCUCAAAAUCAAGGGCCCAAUCAUCCAGAACUAUGAAGAGGUCAGUCCGGACAUGACAACCACUGGAUAUGUCGUUUAUAUGCAUCCAAAUGGUGGCCUGAUUAUUGGCUUUUUUGGUGGAACGCGUGGAUUUAUGCUUGCCAAAGAAGCACAACGUUUGGGAAGCAACAUCAAGAUUGGCCUAACAAUUCGUGUACGUGUAAUUAGUGUGGAUGCUGCCAAUGAACGUAUGCUUGUUGCUGUUGCGGAUGAUACUCCUGAUAAAAGUGGGAUUAUACGGGCACAGGUUUGA